UGGCAAAUUUGUGGUUUUAAACAGGCAUUUGGGGGGGGGGGGGCUUAUGACCAACUCGAUCCACAACAAAUCUAAAAAAAUCUUAAAAAACGUAGAAUAAUUUUUUUUCAACGUCCCCUGUUUUCUUGACAUCUGUGCGGGUUCCAAACCCGUUAAUAAGUACAAAAUAACGCGACGCAAAAGGAUGAUACACUCGGGACGUACAAGGCUCGAGUUGACGUGGGUAUUUCAUGACGAUGAGGCACAAAUCAACAAAAAACUGCCAAAAGAAUUGUUGCUCAGGAUUUUGUCGUAUUUGGACGUUGUAUCACUAUGCCGUUGUGCCCAGGUGAGCAAAGCGUGGAAUGUAUUGGCUCUCGAUGGAUCGAAUUGGCAGAGGAUCGAUUUAUUCGAUUUUCAAAGAGACGUAGAG